GAAAAAAAAAACGGUAGUGGUUCAUCGUAUCUCGCUGUCGAACCCGACGCAAAUGUCGGUCUGGCGAUACAAAAAAGGCGAACAAAGUGGGUGUAUGGAAGUAUUCGGAACUGUAUGAUAUGAUUGGUCAGAAUGCCUCCUCCUGGUACGAUACCAUGGCGGAUCACCGAUGUUAGCGGGACCAGUUGGAGCAAGAGACUCGUCGUGAGCUGGAGAAUGGGCGCUUCAUGAAGGAACAAGGUUGCCCAAUCUUGAUCGUGUGUUGUCAAGUUCCUGCAUCACAACUAAUGCGCGGCACAACAAACAGUGUGCCACUCAAGAAAUACCUUUUGGUAGUCUAUGCCUCAGAUUUCUCAGUGCCUGCGUUAACACUGCACACUACACAUUCCAAUGUUGCAUGCUGUUGCAUCGUCUCCGCUUGGUGAGUUGGCAGGAUAGGUACGGAUACACUCAAAGACAUCGCCUCGUCUUGGUAUGCAGCAUCAUGUCUUCUAAUGCAGUCUAAUGGAUACAGCCAUGCCGUGAAUGGGUUGAGAUCACACUAGACAAUGCCUUGAGCAGGCUGGCGCGGUAGAGACCCAUUCAGGCGUGAUUACUCAAGAUCGACCAGAUCAAGGCCAACAAUAGAAGUCAACUACACUGUCUGCUACUUUGUGUGAGUUGCAAGUGAGUUGUCUCGAGAUGUAUUCCUCUGUGGGUGUGGAGCUUUCGGAUGUGGUUUGACGCUGAGCUGGUGAUACGCGAAAACGAGGUCGCAGAGACGAGACCAGCUGAGCAAACACCACGGAUUUUUAAUCAGUUAUCAUCACCACCCACCGCAAUGGCCUGGCGACCCAAAUGCAACCAGUCUCUAAAAUACGGGCGGUAACAUAUCUGAUACAAAAAUAUCCAAGGGCCCUGGACUGUCAUCUCUUGAUAGCCCAGGGCCUUUCUAUUCACCCGAGAUUCGAGUCUCUUGUGGCAAAGGGUUGCACCGUUGCAGUCAGAGCCUCGACAGGGAAUGCAUUCAAGAAAGCGGUGUCGAGGAAUUUUCGGGAUUUUCUUUUAUCAUUCAUUCUGCGCCUCGCCUACAGUAGCAUCUGCAGCGACCAAAAGAUGCCCAAUCAUGCAUUUGGGUGCAGAUGCACGUUUGCAAGUUCGUCUUUAACUAGAACUGCAAGCCUCGCAGCAGGGAUAAAAAGGGCAUCAAGUCAGAAUGCUAUGGCUCACUGUAGAAGCUCGACAUACAGUGACUCGAGUCGAUGUUAGUCAGUAUGGAUUUAUAGGUAAAAGACCACGAGUGAACCCACGAGGUUGGCGAAGAUCGCAUGCAAAACACAUCAAUACAGUGACUGCAUAAUGGAAACAUGAAAUGUUUGUACUUGAAGGUAUUUACGUCAAUCUCGACAUCUCUGACAUUCGGAGUUUGUCAUCCGGUAGAUCAUAUUCAUACAGCAAACGCAAGAGACUUUAAACAUGUUAAUCGGGAUCUGAAGCUGCCGAUGUCUCUGAUAGCGAUUCGUAGCGAACGAACAGGUCUCCCAAGAGUCCUGGCGUUUAAUGCCUCGAUAUCACAAUCACUAUUCAACCUUUUUGGUGUAGCGUGGGGGAUUUGAAACGGCUCGUGGACGGCACAAGACUCACUCAAUACAAGACAGAGAGGUCAGUGCCAAGGCUCACUCAGGUGGCUCCAGACUCAUCUCGAGACUCGUGGUGGAGGUUACAGUGGCUGUAGAGUCUCGUGGUCUUUACGGAGUAAGGGAUUCUGUUUUACUGGAUUAAAGACUAUCGACGUUUGUCAACUCUAUAGUCAGGCUGAUUGAUGAUGAGGCUGGCUAACUUAUUACCUACUCCCAAAUUCUAUCGUCUCUUUUUCAACGA